AUGACUUUCAAUGAGGCUAAAGUUGAAUGGCAAGUUUUGCUCAUGAUGAAAAUAAACCGCAAAAAUUAUAAUGACGAUUUGGAAGAAGGUUCAGGGAUUUUAAAUUCUGAACCUAUUACAUGGGAAG